CUUUUCAUAUUAGAAUACUCGGUAGGCUUGCUCUUUCGUGUUAUCAAAGCUUUUCAACUUAUAACUUAUCCUCUAACACACCCUGUACCCUCUCACUUAAACUCGUUUUUAAAAUGGCAAAAGCUGCUUUAAAAGCAGCGAGAGAGGCUUUAAACACAAAAAACUAUGAAGAGGCAAUAAACCUUUCUAAAAAGGUUUUGUUAUUUGAGCCCCAAAACUAUAAUGCACACGUUUUCCUUGGUCUUGGUUAUGUAUCGUUAGAAAACUAUGCCGAAGCAGAACAUGCAUAUUUAGAGGCCACAGAGAUUGACAACAAGUCCCUGUUAGCGUGGCAAGGCUUAUGGAACUUGUAUGAUAAAAAACACGACUUGGAAUCUCUUCAAAAAAUGACAGAUCUUAUUUGUACACGAUUAAUGAACAAUGAUGAACGUGAGAGGUGUUUUACUACCAUGAACAAAUUCCAAUCUUCUGCUCAGCAAUAUGGCACACCUGAACAAAAGUUUCAAGCACUUAAACUUUUAACCCCAGAAGGAGGCACCUUUUAUGAUUAUUUGGAAGGUCUAGUACCCAGCGUAGCCCUUCUUUAUAUGCAAAUGGCUGAUAUUCAAGAGUACCUUGACAAAACUUACUUUGAUACCGAAGUUGCUAAACGGAAGAACAGACUGGGUGCAAAGCUUAACCAGGUUAUGUAUGAUGUGGACCGAGAAAUCUACUCUAGUUCACCUCUUGAAACCAUCUACCAAAACAUUAUUAACUGGUCUCAUGACGAGCAAGUAAGACGUAUCACGGAAUCCAAGCUAUUACACUUUUUCUAUAAGCAGCUUUUACUUUCAGACUUGAACGACAAGUCACCGUGGUUAGAAAAACUUACUUCCUUGGCGGAUGACAUCGUCACUCUCGAGUUACCUGAGCAGUUGGCUUGGUCAAUCCAUCUUGAAUGGGCAGAUCACCGUUCAUUUCUUGAGUUGGAACGUACUGAGCUUACUAAAUACUGUGAAUUAUUCCCCGAAACCCCCCUGGCCUCGGCUCUCGAAGCCUUCUUACAAACGUCCAUUGGAAGGCUGCUUUUGCCUAGUCCUAAAAAACCAGAUAACGAUGGUGAGGUGAAAGCGUCUGAACCGGAAAAGGGCCAGGAAGAAGCUGCUACAAACGAAGUUGCUGUUGAGGAAGAAAGCACUGAUGGUGAUCAAGUUUUUGCGCUUUUUAUUGAUUGUUUGGAUGCCAAUAAGGACUCCAUUCUUAUUCAUGAAAUGUUUGCUAUUCAUUGCUAUCACAUAAAGGAUUACGAAACACUAACUGAUCUCUGUACACGGGGACUGGAUUUACUUCAAAAUGUCUACAAUUCAUUCAGUGUCACUCUUGAGAAGCUAAAACUUACCUUCUCACUGUUACUGGCCAUUGCGUACACACAUGUUGAAGUUCCGCGUUAUCAUCCUCAAGCUUUGCGGCUUUACGAGUUGGUAUUGUCAUCCGAGCCAGCGAAUGCUGAGGCCCUCAUAGGACGAAGUGAUAUUGAAUUAGCAAGCGAUCGUACAGAAGAUGCAGUGGCUACACUUCAACUGUUGCUGGCAACAGACACAACUAAUUUUAUUGCUCAUUCCAACCUCUCAUGGUGUUAUCAUUUGCUCGGCCAAAAUGAAACCGCCUUGAAAACGAUUAAAAAGUGUUUUGAACUUUGUGACGAACAAGCUGUUACUAGUGCACAAAAGUCUGAGCUCUAUUACAGAUUAGGUACUUACUUAUGGAAUGACGGCAUUGCAGACGAAGAUCAAAUUGAACGUGCAUUCUCCGCCUUUGUUUCCUCCCUCAGAGCAAAUCCCAAUUUCGCGCCUGCGUACACGAGCCUCGGUUUUUAUUACGAACAUUUUCAUGACCAGGUGCGUUCAACAAAGUGUUAUCAAAAAGCAUUUGAGCUUGAUGCUCGCGAAUUUGCAGCAGCUGAGAAACUUGCUAAGGAGUUUGCGGCUUCUAAUGAGUGGGAACUUGUUGAAUUAGUUGCACGGCGUGUACUUACGACAGAAAGAAGUGGUAUCACACGUCGCUUGCGUAUCAAUUGGCAUUAUAAGGCUUUAGGCGUUGUCUCGUUGAAUACAAAAAAUUACGAGAAUGCAAUUUCUCACUUUCAGUCUGCUCUUCGGAUCAAUGCCCGUGAUGCUCAUUGCUGGAGUGGUUUGGGUGAAGCAUAUUCGCGUUCUGGUCGCUACGCUGCAGCUUUAAAGGCCUUCCAUCGCGCUGAACUAUUAAAUCCGGAAGAUUGGUAUACCACAUACAUGGUCGCUAAUAUUCAAAUGGACAUUGGCGAAUAUGAUGAAGCCUUGACUCUGUAUGAAGAUAUUCUCUUAAACCGCAAAAAUGAACUCUGUGUCCUUGUGUCAAAGAGUAAGACGCUAGUAAAAUUAGCAAAUUCGGAGUAUUCAAAAGGUUAUUAUGCCAGGGCUAUUCAACAUGCUGAAGAAGUAAUCGGCACAUGUGCUGCUAUCUUUACCAUUAACAAUUCUUAUGUAUCUCCAUGGAAGAGUUUGGGUGAUGCUAUACAAAUGUAUGCAAACGUUCAAAAGCACAUGCACGAGUUUCCCUUGGACAAAGUUCGUGCAAUCAUGACGGAUGGAAAAAUGCUAAAGAUGGCUAACUCAAAUAACGUUUCGUCAUUGAAUGACUUUCAUUUGGAUGGUGCUACUGUUGAUGCUGCACUUAUUACAAAGUGUGUUAUUGUGUGUUACAAUAUGUGUUUGGCGCUCACAGCUAAGGAUGCUAUCAUGCUUCCUGCAGCUUGGUACAAUCUGAGUGUCGCAUUUUUUGAGCUCUCCAAAUUGGAAGGAGUUGAGUACAUGAAGGUCGCUAUAAGCUGCGUCAAGCAAUCUAUUAAGCUUGAAUCUAAAAACGGCGAUUUCUGGAGCUUUUUGGGCAUCCUUCUGGCAAAAACUGGUGCUUAUCGAGCUUCUCAACACUGCUUUAUUCGCUCCCUCAUUUGUAACGAGAAAAAUGCUGGCGCAUGGACAAGCUUGGGUGGUUUGUACCUGCAAUGUGCUGAGUAUGAUUUAGCUGAAACGGCCUUCGCUCGCGCUCAGUCCAUUGAUCCCGAUUAUGUCCAGGCAUGGCUCGGACGCGCAUUUUUGUCUAUUCUUGUUGCUGAUGAAGCGAAUGUGUCUCGUGUUUGCUACCAUGCUCGUGCCAUUUCUAACGGUAAUCAUUUUUCAGCAAACUAUUGGUACGCUUAUUAUGUAUUUCAGAAUGUUUUGAAUACAAGUACCGUCAACGAAAGUGAAGUUUGGGAUGCUAUCUACUCGAUUGGUCGUGUCAUCAGUGAACGGCCGAGACAAGCACAUGCGUACUAUCUUUUAACAAAUUUGCUCGAGCGACUCGGCUUAUUUGAACGUGCUAUCGCAGUUUGCACUGAUCUUGGGACUUUGUUGGAAGAAGACUAUGAACGUACCGAGUCCCAUGAAGCUUUACGCAAAUUCAUCGAUUCAAAGUUGGUGCUCGGACGGUUAUAUCUGCAAUCUGGUCGUUUCAACGAGACAAUUGAAAAUCUUUCAGUUGUUUCUGACCUGCUAGAGGGUGAAGAUACGGAUGUCCGUUUGAAAAUGCAACUGGACUUGGUGCUAGGCUUGGCUCAUUAUUUCACCGGAAACCUGACCCAUGCGCUUUCAGCAUUUCAACAGACGCUGGAGGAGAGCACGGAGGAUCCCGAUGUUGUGGUGCUGGUCUCCAAAGCCUUGUGGGCCAUAGGAGAUGAGAAUGCAAAACAAGCUGCUCGCGAGCAGUUACUCGAUGCCUUACAACAACACCCAGACAUGCUGGAUCUUUUGCUCUGCCUUGGUGCAAUGGGUGUUUCCGACGGCGACGAAGCAGUCAUGGAGGCUGCUCAAGAAUCUUUAGAGCAGUAUGUGCUUGAACACAAGCUGAACGAACAGGAAUGUAACUUGAUUCUUGAACUCAUUCAUGCCAUUUACACCCUUCAACAUCGUGAUAUCCAGCGCUUCUUACAACAGUUCGUUUUUAUCCAUCCUCACCUGCCGACUGCAUGGGCUGCUUUAACAAAAACAAAGUCCACGAGUGCUUAUGACUUGGCCAAGACGCUACAGCGCAUUCUGGGUUCGUAUCCAACAAGUCCCGGAGACCUUGCAUUCGCGUUUCGCCAACAAAUGCACUUGGGUGAGCUACAGAAGGCUGCAUUUUUGGCGCCAUGGGCCGACAAAAAUCGUCUGUGCUUGUUAGAGCACCGCAAAAUCGAGCAGCAAAAAGCAUAA